GAGUGGGUGACAUUAGAAUUUGCCUUUGUCGUUGGUUGGAGUAUAUAUUCCUAGUUUGAAAGAAAAGAGACACACUGAAUUCAAUUGAACAUCGUCUUCGUAUUCCUCACUCCACCCACCGUGUUAGGGUUUGCAUCCACCAACUCAAGCUCAAAUUCUUGUUGAAAAAGAUAUGACUCAAACUCAAGACGAAGAGAUGAAAGAUCACCCAAAACCUUCCCACUCCAUUACUCCAACUAUUCCAUCUACAUUGCAAAAUUUGAAGGAAAUAGCAUCAAUCAUUGAAACUGGUUCCAACUCUAAGGAAGUUCGCAGAAUUUCUCGUGCUUUGCGCUCUACAAUGGCGUUGAGGCCCAAGCUCACAGCUCCAGUUCUCUCAUCUUUCAUCGAUCAUGUUCUUCCUCCUGCUUCUGAUUCUCACUCUAGGUUAUCUUCUUAUCUUCCCAAUCCCAAGGAUGAUGAUCACGACAUGGAAGUGGACACUGCAACAUCUGCAGCUAUUCAAACCCCAUCUAAGCACUUGUUGCCUGAGCUAGAAAUUUACUCUUACUUUCUUGUGCUUCUUUUUCUUAUUGAUCAGAAACGAUACAAUGAGGCCAAAGCCUGUUCCUCAGCUAGCAUUGAUCGGCUCAAGAGCUUGAAUAGAAGAACUGUUGAUGUUAUUGCUUCAAGACUGUAUUUUUAUUACUCAUACAGCUAUGAGCUUACUGGAGAUCUUGCUGAAAUUCGAGGCAACCUCUUUCAGUUGCACCGGAUUGCUACCCUGCGCCAUGAUGAGCUUGGUCAGGAAACACUUCUUAAUCUGUUACUUCGUAACUACCUCCACUACAACCUAUAUGAUCAGGCAGAGAAGUUAAGGUCCAAGGCUCCGCGAUUUGAGGCUCAUUCAAACCAGCAGUUCUGCCGCUAUCUCUUCUACCUUGGAAAAAUUCGGACCAUUCAGUUGGAGUAUACCGAUGCAAAAGAGUCUCUCCUGCAGGCUGCUCGUAAAGCACCAGUUGCAGCACAGGGUUUUCGGAUUCAGUGUAACAAGUGGGCCAUUAUAGUGCGUUUACUGUUGGGAGAAAUUCCUGAGAGGACUAUCUUCGUGCAGAAAGGAAUGGAAAAAGCUUUGAGGCCUUACUUUGAACUUACUAAUGCUGUUAGGAUUGGUGAUUUAGAGCUGUUUAGGAAUGUUGCAGAGAAGUAUGCCACCACUUUCAGUACAGAUGGAACCAAUAAUUUGAUUGUUCGAUUGCGUCAUAAUGUGAUAAGGACUGGUUUGCGCAACAUCAGUAUAUCAUAUUCUCGCAUCUCGCUGGCUGAUGUAGCUCAAAAGUUGAGAUUGAGCUCUGCAGAUCCCAUUGCUGAUGCAGAAAGCAUUAUAUCAAAGGCUAUCCGUGAUGGAGCUAUUGAUGCAACAUUGGAUCAUGCUAAUAAAUGGAUGUUGUCCAAGGAAACUGGAGAUAUUUACUCUACAAAUGAGCCUCAGUUGGCCUUUAAUUCUCGGAUCGCCUUUUGUCUUAACAUGCACAAUGAGGCUGUUCAAGCACUGCGAUUUCCAAAAAAUACACACAAGGAGAAAGAAAUUGCUGAGAAGCGGAGAGAGAGGCAACAGCAAGAGCAAGAACUGGCGAAGCAUAUUGAAGAGGAUGAUGACGAUGAUGACUUCUGAUGAUGAUUAUAUUAUAUUUAUCUUACCAGUUGCUGUGAGGAUCACUCCAUGCUACUACCUUUGCUCAUGUUAAUCUUGUGGAGAACAUCCAUUAAUACCACCUUUUUAAAACGUGGGCUUACAUUUUAGAUGGAAGAUCCCUGUACUUCAAUAUACUGAAAUAUUCACUGCUUAUUUGCAACCAUGGUGUUUAGCUAUGGUUUGUUUCCUUGUUUGGAGAAUAAUCUUCCUGGUUCCGAAAAAAUUAAUCAAUUAUUUAGGACCAACCAUAUCAGUGAUUUAGUUGUGAAAUUUGACUGUGGAAAAAAAAUUACUCAUUGGCCAAAAGAAAUUAAAGUACUUGCUGUGUGGAUGACUAAUUUGAGUUAUAUCACUAAUUAUCCAUUGCUAGUGUAUAGUUUUUUUU